AUGAAGACUCGAAAAUCACUGUCCCAGUCCAACAAGAAGCGUCCACGUCCAGAAUGGAACAACAAUGCAUCUAUGACUCCCGUCAUUGAAGAAUUGGAUGGCACCAGUAAAAAGGCAGCAAUAGAUAAUGCAACAAAAGAGGAAGAAAUGGAUGAUCAAGAUGUUGUCAUUUCUCCUCAUACUCUGAGACUAUUGAAACUCGUUCAGGAAGGAUCGAGCGAACAUGCCAGAGUGGCAGCGUCCCACCUGCAAGUGGUAACGGCUUUGGCUUGCCCGCUAGUCUUGUGGGAAAUUUUGGGCCGAUUGCAAUUCUUUUUGCUGUCGCCCGAUUGGCGGACUCGUCACAAUGCAAGUUUGGCCAUGGAAGGAGUGGCCCAACACUUGCCAAUUAAGGAUCAACAACGAUUUUUGCAGGAUUGUUUGAGUGACACCAUGGACCAGAACAAUGAUUCCACCAAAUCAAACGACAAUGCCGACAAGAACAACUUCAAGAAGAAUAGCGACAAUCUCUGGCUGAGUCUAUCCGACUUGAAACAGGGAAAAAUGCAAACCAUUCUAGAGCAAGGAAGACAUCUAAUGUCCACUUCUGAAAAACUGUAUGAAGAAGAAGAAAACGACGAAGAAUUGCAAGAAUUGGAUGCCAAUCAAGAACUCUAUCAAGAUUAUUGUGAGCGCCGAAUUCAAUUGCAACGACGACUGUUGGCGUCUAGACUGGGCCUUGGAAGGAUGGUGGAUCAAGUGGGUACCACCAAGGAUUUGGACAUUGUUAUGCGUGACCUCAUUCCAUCGGCAGAACCAAAGUCAGACGACAAAAUCAAACUACGUAGAGUCGCCUCAUCCAAAAAGAAGAAAACAACUGAUCCAUCCAUUCGUGCCAUUCUGGUCAUGGAGAUUCGACAACAGCAAACAGAUCAAGAUGAGAAGGUUUCUCAUAAGAACGCACAAACACUAUUGGCAACCGAGUUGAUAUAUCGCAUGUUUGAUUCGUCCUGGUACAUUCGACAUGGAGCCUUGAUUGGAAUAUUGGCACUGGUGCGCGCAUGGAAGAGAAGACAGCUCCAUAAUCAAGACAAGAACACUUCCAAUGAUUGCUUUGGUAGUUGGCCACAGGACAUUUUGUCAAGGUGUUUGUGCAUCUUGGCAUUGGAUCGGUUUGAAGAUUUCUCUGGAGCUACCAAUUCCGAACUCUCGGGUGGGACGGUAGCGGCUGUAAGGGAAAUGGCAGGACAAGUGGGAUCGGUCAUGCUUUCCAUGGCGCCAUUAAAGAUUCAAUCCGAAACACUCGCGAUUACUUUGAAAUUGGUCAAGGCUGAGGAUUGGGAAGUUCGACAUGGGGCUCUACUGCUUCUCAAGUAUGCUAUUGUCUUGCGUUCUAAGGCAUUGCACUUGGAUCAGUGGUGGUCCAAAGAAUUGUUACCAAAGUCAAUGCUAGUUGCGACUGCCAGCCUGGAAGAUAGCUGCGACGAUGUUCAAGCGGUUGCUGCAAUGAUAAUCAGCCACUUGCUUGGACUCGACAAGCAAACAACAAGACAGACCGACAUUGACAUCCAGCCGAUUGUCCGCCCACUGUGGAACACAAUUCAAAAUGUUCGACUAAUAUCCCCUUGCAUCAAAGAUAUGGUUGUUUUGCUAUCGACCAUUCUAGAACAAAAUUGUGCAGUCGUUUUGGAAGAGAUAUCCAACGGUUUGGGGGAAACCUUAUGGGACAGUUUUCAAAGAAUUUUGGAGCGAUUGAGUGCGCUGCUGACUUGCGAGUCCCUGUCUGUGAAAGUUUGUGUCAUGCAAUCCACUGGAAUAAUUGUUGGCCAAAUUGUCGACGCUGCCGAAAACGCUUCAAAUUCAGCAACGAUUGAGUAUUCCAGAAACUCGAUGAAUGCUUGCUACUGUCGCAUGAUUGAGCAAGUCUUUGACCUUUAUCGCCGUAUGACUCUGAUUCAUGACCCAGACAGUUUUGCUGAAAACAAGAAGCUUGAGGUUGCUUGCAGUAAUCUCUGGUCAUUGCUAGUGGAUGCAUCAGCCGUGAUUUUGAGGGAAGCUUCAGAUCAUCGUCGGCAGAUGCAAAAGUAUCUCGUUCUGCAAUAUUUUGGACUGCAGGAUAGGGACAAGGCUCGGUCUGGGAAGGACAUGGCUUGCUACAAUGCAUUUCGGGGACGACGAUUGCAAAUGCAGGUGAAACUGUCACAUGUAAUUGCGGGAUUCUAUCAUAGCACCUCGUCCAUGGCACAACAAAACAGCAAGUCGCAAAACUUGGAUGUGCUAGAAUUCUGUCUCCUUGCAGCUUUGGCAUCGCCAAAGAUUACGGAAUUUGAAUCGGCGUGCUUUUUGUAUCAUGCUUUAUUCUCUCGGAGAGACGUAAACAGUCCUGCUAUGGAAUCGACAAAGAUGAAGUGUGGAGAACUAUUAAAAGGUCACCUAGCUACCACUCCCCUCUGUAUGACGGUCUCGAGAGCAAGAACUCUGCAACACAACCCGCAGCAUGUGAAUGUUUUGCAUAGCGCAUUCGUCAGUGGUAUCGAACUGGUGGAAAAGCAGCAAAGUAGUAGUGAUGCCGCCGUGGGCGCAGUUUCAAGGAUUUGGAAGAAUACAUUGGAAGCGCAAUCAUUGGAAUCCAAGGAGGAAGAAUGCACAACUGCAGAUUCCAUGCGACUUGCAGUGUCUACUACCGGUGCCGUUGUCGCAGGUGGUAUCAAGUACCUCCCUCAAAAGCUAUCGCCAUUGAUUCGAUCGCUAAUGACAAGUAUUCAGAACGAAAGCAAUGAAUCGUGUCAAGAUGCGACAUGCUCCUACAUGGUAGCAACCCUACGACUCCUGUCCAUUGAUGUUCCCACUGAACGACAAGAAGCUUUCGGCAGAACCUCCGAGAAAAUUGUGGUGAACUUGUGUAAUUUGGUGACAAAGCAAAAAAAGCCAGGUUGUGACGCUGCUUCCAAAGUUAUCGGUCUCCUCAUCGAAAGCGUACCAAAAGAUGAUGCUCUUUUCUUACUCAAGCCAAUGUGGAAAACAUUGCUGCAUUUUCGCAAUUCUUCGAUCGACAAUCCACAAGAAAACCGAAGAUCUCUAGCAUUGCUCCAGGCUAUUUGCACUGGUUUGAAGGGAAGAGACGACAUGACUGUGUACAUCAUUCAAGAGUACAGUAACGCCCUCUCAUUGCUGGGAUGUGCAGAAGGCGACUUCGGCGUACAUGCAACAGCUUCUGAGCUGAUCAAGGUGUUGUGCAAACUGAACGCGACGUUGACCUUAAAAUUUGCACUUCCUCAUAUUGUAACUGUUAUGAAGAACCCAGCAAAUAAUAAAGGGCGCAUUCGGGCUUGUGAACUCUUGGGUGACUUAGUCAACGUCUGUUCGGUGGAAAUCUGUCCAUUUGUGCGCUCCCUGCUCCCAAUUGUCAUGGCAAGAAUGACAGAUUCGGAGGAAGCUUGCGCACGGAUUGCAGCUAGCAUUUUUGCGUUGCUGGUUCGGGUCGCUCCUGUUGUAGAUGAAAAUACGUCUCUUUCCAUUCGGGGACACGAAAUCGACCCAACCGCGCAGCAAACAAUAAAUCACCUGAUACACGGGCAGGCUUUGCCUCCUUGCAAACUUCAUCCAAAGAUUGCGGUGUCACUGAAGCAAACCAAAACAAUCUUGCGAAACUAUCAGCUUGAAGGGAUAUCAUGGCUUCGAUUUUUGCAGAAGGUGAAUCUCAAUGGGGCAUUGUGUGAUUCCAUGGGCCUCGGCAAGACGUUGCAAGCACUUGUUAGUGUGGCUCUCUCGCAUCUCGAUGCGGAAUCGGGCGAGCGACCAAAGUCGUUGAUUGUGUGUCCUUCGAGUGUUGUCGGCCAUUGGGUUGGUGAAAUCGGCCGCUUUUUUCCAGCCCAAGAUUGGUUCAAACCUCUAGCUCUACAUGGAAUCGAAGGCAAACGGAAGGCCCUAUUUCGUGAAGAGUUUAGCGCUUGCGAUAUCAUCAUAACAAGCUAUUCUGUUCUACGACGAGGCAUUGAAAUGCUGGAGAUGACGAGAUGGAAUCAUUGUGUCCUAGACGAAGGACAUCUGUUGAAGAAUCCAAAGACAUUGACAUCACGGGCAUCGCGGCGAUUGAAGUCGGACCAUAAGCUCAUCCUCACCGGCACACCUGUUCAAAACAAAGUGUUUGAGGUUUGGUCGACGUUUGACUUUCUCAUGCCCAACUUUUUGGGCACUUCGUCCUCCUUUUCCAAAGAGUUUGCAAAACCCAUUACCAAGGGUCAAGGCAUUGGAGCUUCCGCAACAGAUGUCGCAACUAGUAUGGAUACGCUGAAACUUUUGCACCAGCAAGUUCUUCCAUUUAUUCUUCGCCGAGAAAAGGACCAAGUACUCCAAGAGUUGCCCCCAAAAACCAUCACAACCAUCAAGUGCGAAAUGUCGCCAACUCAGAGUCGAAUGUACGAGAAUUUCUGCUCUGGUGCUUCUGCCAAGAAAUCAAUGGAAGAGUUGCAGCGUGCAAUCGAUUCGAUGAAAAAGUCCAAUGACCCUCUCAGCGCUUCGAAUCUUGGAUCAGAUGUGUUGAAAUCAUUCCUUUAUCUUCGACUGCUUUGUACAUAUCCUUCCCUCGUAGAUUCUGACUCUGUUCAGUGGAUGGCAACCAAACAGGACCGACCAGAACUAUCGGGAAAACUGCAAGCACUGAGUGACCUGUUGCGAGAUGCUGGAAUACAGAGCCAGAUGGACAAGCUGACUGCUGCAGACAACGAUACCUCUCUACUCUACUGCGACGAGGAAGGCAGUGAUGACCUGGAAGAUCUUGACGUCGAGAGCAUGCUUGAACCCGAGGCUUUGGACUCGAGACAGGUGAAUUUGACGACAUCAGGCAAAAGAUCAAAGUGCCUCAUCUUUGCGCAGUUCACAAGAAGCUUGGAUGUAGUCGAAAAGCUUCUAUUGAAACGGAAUAUGGGGUCUGAUGUGGGAUAUGUACGCCUAGACGGCCGCGUUCCACAAGAGAAGAGGUCAACCAUCGUUGAUCACUUUAAUCAGGAUGAUGAAAUUCGGAUAAUGCUACUCACCACCCGCAUUGGUGGGCUUGGACUGAACUUGACAGGAGCUGACACUGUUAUUUUUCUUGAGCAUGACUGGAAUCCACAUGCCGACCUCCAAGCAAUGGAUAGAGCACAUCGAAUCGGCCAAAAGAAGCACGUGAAUGUAUAUAGCCUCGUGACUGCAGACUCGAUAGAAGAGAAUAUUAUGAAGCUUCAUCAAGUCAAGCUUGCUAUGAGUGCAGCCAUUGUCAAUACAGAUAACUCAACACUCUUCAGCAUGGGCACUGAUCGACUUUUGGAUAUCUUCCGAUUCCGAAGUGAAGCUGGAAGCAAAGAAAACUCGGAGGAUCUUUCGAAAACAUUGAAUGCUUUGGUCGAUCGCUAUGAAGAAGAGUACAAAGACCUUUCAGAGAGGGACUUUGUGACUGGGUUCAUCUCAUAA